UUUGUUUUAUUAAAAACUAUCUUUAUGACUAUAUUUAUGUACAUUUUAUUUUUUUUUAAAAUCUUAUUAUUAAUUAUAACCCGUAUAUUAGCACGAACACAUUCUACUUAUGAAGAACCUGAAAAAUAUGCGUAAUGAAUACUCCUUAACUAAAUAGGCACGGUUAGCCAACAGAUUUGAGAAAUGAAUCAAAUGAUCAAUUCUCCCGAUUCCAAUUUUUGCAGUAAACCGUGUUAGGUGUUUACGAAGAAGCAUGGCUGGUUGGAUCUCUUCCAAGCUCAAGGUUGCUGAAAAUCUCCUUCAACAGAUUGACCAACAAGCUGCUGAAUCACUUCGUAAAGAGGAGAGUAAGCAAUCUGAUGGUUUAGAUGCAAUUACGUCACAAAAAUCUAGUGGUAUUGUUCCUUUGCGAGAUCAAUUGAAGAAGAAAACAUCUGAGGAUAAUGAAAAUUUGGAAAAAUUAUACAAUGAUUCUGUUAAUCAUGGUGAAGUUAAAUCAAGUAGUGAUGAAAUUAGUAAGGUAAGCAAGCUGAAUUUGAAGAAGGAUGUUGGAAAAAAACCCAACUCUUCUCUUAAUGAUAGUGAUUGGACUGAACUUCUUAAUACCCCGAAACAACACGUUGUCACUAAGGCGAAUCGCUCUAGUGGGGCACGGAAAGAUGGGGUAAAGGCUGGAAUUAUGGGAUUGAAGGGUAAGGGUAAUGGUAAAGUAGUGGGGAAAACAGUGAGGAAAGAAGGUGAUGGGAAUGGUGAGAAAGGAAGUGGUGUUCUUGGAGUGGGAGGCGGUUCGGGCAUGGGAUCUAGGAAGAUUGUUGAGGGAUCGGAACCGAGCUUGAGAUUGAAAAAGGUGGAAGGCUAUGAUGAAGUAGAGCGUGAAAGAAAUAUAACUGGGGAUGGGAAUGGGAAUGGGAAUGGGAAUGGGUAUGGGGAAGGGGGUGGGUCAUUAGGCUAUGACGAGUCCAUGGUUAAGGUUGAUUCCCCGACUAUUGGGAAUAGCGAGAAUGUGUCUGUUCUGAUGUCUGAUGAAGGGAAAAUAGCUGUUUGUGAUGAUGAAAGAAUUGGUAGAACUACUUUCGAAAUGAAUUGCAGUGAUGAAGGCAUUCCGAAAACUGGUAUCAGGGGUUUCAAAAGUGUCUCUCAGUCUGCUGGCAAUCAUGAGUCGGAUUCAGAUUCAUGUUCGACGUCUGACUCAGGGGCUGAACAAGAGCGGGAGGAAAGGAUGGAGAGACGAAGACAAAUUUUGGCUGCAAAAGCUGCUGCAAAAGCUUCAGAGGCCAUUAAGGAACAGGAAAAUAUAGUGGCUCGAUUGGAGGGAGAGAAGCAAAGCCUUGAGAAGAUACUCGAGGAGCAAGCAAAUCAAGCAGCACAAGAGGCUUCAGAACUUCAGGCAAUGACGAUGGAAAUGAUGGAAGCUACUGAAGUGGAGAAGCAGAAGCACAAUCAUACAAGGAUGGAGGUCCUAGCUCAAUUGGCCAAAUUGGAGACUGCAAAUGCCAAUCUUGCUAAAUUGCUGGGUUCCACACAAUGGAAUCUUGAAAUUGAGGUAAAUCGUUUAGCAGAAUUACGGCACCAAAUUGAGGUAAAGGAAGCUGUCCUUGAAGAGUUGAAGAGAGAGAUUUAUAGUGUUCAUCAAAUUAGGGCCACUUUGACAAGUUUGGCGGUUUCAAAAGGCUUUGAGUUGCAGAAAGAGAUGCUGGAAGCUGAACGUGCUUUUGCAACUGACAAGAAUGCAAGACUGCAAGAGAAGGUAAUGAAGCUGGAAGCAAACAUUAACAUGACAUUGAAGGAAAUGGAAAAUUCAACUGAAGUAGAAGUUGAGCUUAGGCGAAGGCUUUGGCAGAUGACAGAUCAUUUGAUUCAGAAACAAGCCCAGGUUGAAUCACUUUCUUCAAACAAGGGAACUCUUCUUUUCAGAACUGAGGCUGUUUCAAGGUUACUUGAAGAAAAUAAGUCUCUAAUCAGUGCGAGUGAUAUUUCGGGCAAUUUAAGAAAAGACUUGGAAGCAGGAACAUGGGAGUCAACUGGUUCUAAGCUGCGGCCAAUGUUAGAAAAUAAAAUUCAGUCAGGGAGGCAGCACCUAGGUUCACUGCUUAGGCAGUUGGAUGCAAUAUUUUCAGCUGGUGCAGUAUUUUUAGCAAGGAACCCGGCAGCAAAGCUCUGGUCCUUGGUGUAUCUUAUAUCCCUACAUUUAUGGGUUUUGUAUAUUUUUUUCUCUCAUUCUCAAUCAACUGAAGAUUCCACAUCCAGUUCUGUAGUAUCCUUGGAGAAUAUCAACGGUAGUAUUGGUGUCUAAAAUAUCCAUAUUGUUAUAGGCAUUGUUUUGUUAAUUGUUCAAUGAGCUUGUGUAUAUUAUCACGGUAACAAGAUCUCAACCACUGCUGGUAACCAAUAUAUAUUUUUUUCUUUUUUAUUGUGGUAAUGUUUAGGCAAAGUAGAUUGUGUGAAGAAAGCA